UGAGAUCUACCGGCUUCUUCAGAUUCUCUCUCGAAAUAAAUCGCUGUCGAUGAGAAAACGAAGCUUCGAAUUGGCUUCAUGAACCACUUUAAUGAAUUCAGUUGAAUUAACCACAGCUGUUGUCUGCAAGUCGUCUGUUGUCCAUAUCGUCCGUUUUUAAAAAUCUCUCAUUGUAUUUGUCUGGUUGUCUGCUCAGUUGUUGUUGUUUUUUCUUCAAGUGGGCCGCAACAGACCAUCUUUGGUGUCAGCCUUUUCAUCCAAACACUCGGGAAUUAAUUUUGUUUUCUUUGCCACCAAAACAUCAUUGGGAUUUUCCGCCGUUCGUCUUUGCGUGAGCUUGUAUUGCUAAGCUUUUAUAUUUUGAUUCCUUUUUUUGCUUUGGCUCCAGAUUCUUUGGAUGAUUGCCACUUAUUCUAUCGGAUUGCUUUGAGCAAGCAGGCAUGUUGGCACCUUACUUGAUAUUUUCUGGGAAUUGAAAAACAAGCGUGUUUGAAAAGCAACAGGCAAGGGUGCGCCUUGUCCUUGGAAACUUCCGCCGACUGACACGUGCUUAUGUAUUGUGCCUCCAUGUCGUCCUCAAAAUCUGUUGGCAGGAAUUUGAACCCGCGGGUGGUGAUAUUAUUAUUCUGAUAUACCGUAAAUUCCGGACAAUAAGCCGCGACUUUUUUCCAAAAUUUUGAACCCUGCGGCUUAUAGUCAGGUGCGGCUUAUACAAGGAUUUUUUUCGUGAUUUUUGUGAUGACUUGAUCACUUCUAUACACUGCGGUAUCUUGAAGAAAAAAACAACAACAAAAAUACUAUUUUGAAACACUACUAUGGCUGCUGCUUAUUCUGGCUGUGUUGCUUGUGACUAUUAUGAGCUUUAGUAGGAAUGCACGCUAGGUGACCUUCGUCACAGGCAAUGUUGAGAAAGACAUGUUAAAGUAUCUUAUGAAAACUUUAAAAAGGCUUUCUGUGAACGGUCUUUCUUUGUAAAAAAAACGCGUGUGCACGUGUGGCUUAUAGUCUGGUGCGGUUUAUAUAAGAAAAAAACUAAAAUAUCCCCCAAUUUUAGCUGGUGCGGCUUAUAGUCCGGAAUUUACGGUAUAUUAUUCUGAUAUUAUUUUGAAAAACUGCCGCACCACGUCACAAACAUCAUUUUUACCGACGAGAUGUUUGACAGCAGUUCAUGGAUGUAUCAGAUAGCAAAGUCCGCCUGCUGCUAUCAACCAUAAAAGGAUCCAUUUGUCAUUUCUUUUGUCACUUUUAUGACCGUGGCCAUUCACUUGCGUGGAACAGUUUCGAUUGAGCGAGUCAUUGCACAAGCUGUUGUGUUGGCUUCACUUUGUCAUCAACGUUUACACCGGGCUGAACAAACGAGCUUGUGUAUGUUUGGCGGCUUUUCCCUAAUAUCGUUUCUUUAUUUGCUCGUUUGACUGGUUUUGGGGAGUGUUCUUUGUUUUCUGCGUUGGGGAUCAUUUUGCAUUCUUGGGAUUCUCAGUUUGGGGUUUUGGCUAGUUGUUUUGGAACACUUCUUAGGCCCCAAUUAAUUAUUUUCUUGCUGUCGCUUAAUUACAACAUAAUUUAUACUUACGACGUAUUCGAACAACUCGACAAAAUGGCGAGCUCGCUAUUAAAGGACACAAUAAAAGCGGAGCCUUUGAUUCCCUUCCACAGCCAUGUUAUUCCAGGGUUCGCCACACGGGGGCAGUGUCGGCUUGCAAUGCUUCCACUGUGCUUUAUAUAAUCAUCUUAACGUGUUUUUUUUUUUUUAAGAGUUGCUUACCUAAAUGUGCUUUUCUCACCACUUUGGGGUCUCUUCCCUGCACGCAAUGCGAGAACGAAUCGGGCGCUUUGAAAGUGUUUCCAUCUUACUGUCAAAUAAGUGCUGAUUGAUUUUAAAAUCCAUCCUUGUGCUUAGAAAGACUUGCCUCCUUAAAUUUGGCUUCUUAAGUCGACCAAGAAAAUUGGUGGUACUUCACAGAUUAAGAAAGAAAAGCAAGAUGACAUUCACGUUUGCGUGCCUCUCCUUCCUGCUUCUCCUUCUUUCUUCAUGUUGAUGCACUUGGUGCUUUUGGAUGUUAAAAAAAACUAAAACAUCAAUUUCUCUGUUUUAAAAAAAAAAAAAAAAAACACCUUUCUCUAAAAUCAAUACUUUGUGUUCUACCUGUUCUAACCAUCUCAAACUCUCCCUCUUCCCAAUGGGCGUGGUUCCAAAUGGAGUUCUAGCCACAGAAAUGCAUGAAUUAUUGAUCCCAAAUUCUUGGCACGACAGCUUUGUUGGCCUCCCUAUAAAUCGAAUGUCUCCUCUUCCCUCUAAGAUGGAAAUCCUCGCAUGGUUUCACUAAAGGGGCGAAAAUGUUGGACUUUAUCUCUCCUCCGGUGAACCAUAUGGCAGCGGGCUGCUUACGUAAGACAUUGCGUGCUGGCUCCGGAGGCUCUCGUGAGAUUUGGGCUUUUGCUUAUCUGUCUUUAGUGCGUGUCUUGCCAACGGCGGAGGGCGGGCUUGAUCCUCGAUUGCAAACGGAAGCUUCCUCAUCUGGAAUAUCGUUCCCGUGUCCAAGCGCUCGUGACUUUGUGGCACAUCAUUGAAUAUCAUCAGGACUUGAGGACAAGUUAUGGAGAAGUUGACAGGGGAGUGAGCUAAUCACACGUAAAAAGGAGAAAAAAAAAAUGGACGCCAGUGUGAGCUCCAUUCUUCACCCUCGAACCAUAUAUGGGUCAGCCCUUUAUAGUGUUUUGGACGGAUGGGCCCGGAAUGAAAGAGUCCCAUCUGGGCUUCCUCUGAAUUCACGGCGUCACGGUCUCACCGUAUUGGUUGAGCCGAAGCACCAGCGCCGUCUACGAUUGGCUGAAAGUGGACCUAUCUCAACAUGGCCAAGAUCUCCCUGAAACCGGUUUAUAGCCUUUUGUUCUGACAACCGUCUCCUCACCCUCUUUGAAAUAAACAGCACGCAGUAAACUCCUACUGUAAAUAGAAAAACAUUAAUUUAAUUAUUAAUUGAAUUAUUCUCACUUUGCUGCCACAUUUUGAGGCAAGCUAGCUAAACUCUUGUCUUGGCUUUAGUCUUUGUCCGCCCUGACUCACAUGGAGAUGCACGUGAGGCCAGCGGAGCUGUGUGUGUGUGUAUGGCCAAUGUAUGUGCACUAAUGCCAAGUGACAGCGCAGCCACUGGUGCACCCGCUAUAACUUCAACGUCCUUCGCGUUUUGAACAUCCGAGCUGUUGUUUCCUCAGUUGGCUUUUCCCACCCAAAACCGCUUGGAGCGUUGCAGGCUUGGAGUGUCUCGCUAUUUCUUGAGAGCAUCUUGUUGGAAACGCUGGGCGGGGCUUGAUGACGCUAAGUGGGUAUGUGGUCGAAAAGGGCUCAUCCCAUUGGAUGGAUUGCUCUAAUCUCUCCUGACAGUUUACAUAACAACACAAGGGGAGGUGAUGUGAAUCUUACUGGAGUGACGUCACACUUGAGCCUCUCACCACGCUACUAACCAGUCUUGGAUUCAGACACACUCCUUUCCCCCCCGUCCUCCUCGGGCGCAGUCCCGGGACUACGUAGCGGGUCAGACUCCCCCCAAUGUGAAGCGCCGAGGGGGAGUCAGGGGGGUCGGGUCUGGAGGAGGCGCAGCGGUGGUGCUUGUUUUGGGUGAGGGGUCGGGGCGGGGGGGCGCCGCAUGGACUUUUUGUUUUUACUCUGAGCAUCAAUGAGAGAGAAGGGGCUGGCCCGGGCCGGAGGAGCGCAGGGUCGCGACGCCAUGGCCGUGAAGCUUCUUUUCUGGGAGCUGGAGAAGCAUCUGAAGAGCUCUUCGGGUGCAAGUGUCGUGGCCAUUGACAACAAGAUUGAGCAAGCCAUGGACCUGGUGAAGAGUCACCUGAUGUACGCCGUGCGCGAGGAGGUGGAGGUGCUCAAGGAGCAAAUCAAGGAGCUGAUGGAGCGCAACACUCAACUGGAGCAAGAGAACAACCUUCUCAAGACCCUGGCCAGCCCCGAGCAGAUGGCUCAGUUCCAGGCCCAAGUCCAGACGGGCGGCUCCCCCACCGGCGCCGCUCUGCCGCCUCAGGUCCCGAGCUCGGCGGGAACCGCGCAAGCCCUCCCCUCUGCACAGAACUCCGGCUCGUCCGCCUGAAGAGAAAGGAUCUCUGUACUGUGAACCACCAACUAUGCCACCAUCCCGAGGAUCCCCAUCAAGUUUUUUGUCGCACAUUAAUUUAUUCCGCCUUGUCUCGUGACUUUUACCUGCUUCGACAAUCGCGGUUGUCAUGGUGAUGGUGGGGGGUGGAGCACCAAGCGGGCAUGAAUUGAAGCCCGGUCAGUGUGGAACAUGUGCCAACGUCAGCCCUCCACCUCGACCCAGCGCACACAUUCCAUUUUUGUUCCCCCCCCCCCCCCCCCCCUACAUGCACAUGUCGCUGCUAACGUUAGAUGAACUUUACCGGAGGACUUGCCAACCCCCCCUCGGUUUUGGGAAUCAUUUCAAGUUGUGAUGCUCCGGGAUGGACUGCAUUACGUGUGUUGGUGCCACUUGACUUUGUACUUGGAGGGCUCGGUGUUGUUCUCUGGUGUCACGUUGCCCCCCCCCCAUCGCCCCCUCCCCUGUUGGAAAAUGAAUUCAAUAUUUAUGCAGGGAAUCAAUGUUGUUGUUUUUAUAGGGUAAACCGGGGUUUUACUUUCCGUUUGCUCUCGUCGAUGUAAUUUAACGUCCCGGUGAUGUAGAAAAGAGGAAUAACGGAGAAGGAGACCAUCGGACUCUUUGUACAGAUCAAACAUACUUCUGCAAAAGUGCCUGGUUUCUAACCAUAGAUACAUAUAUAGUCUCUUUUCAGUUGGUGUCAAUAUAUUUGUGGAUAUAUCUAUCUAUGGUUCGCCAGGUGAUGAAGUACCUGUGAUGUCAGCUUACCCAGGAUGGGAACAGAUGAGGAUCGUUGACCUCGGCGCUGAACGCUGUCUCUCCUGCGGUGACUGUAUUGUCACUUUGCUCACUCAAAACAAUAGCGACUGUUUCUCUUUGCCGAUGUUUGUCUCUUACAUUGUUUUGUUGAAGCGAUGGAGGAUGUUUGACUUUUUUUUUGUGCAGCCAAUUAUUUGUGUUGCUACCUGGACUCAGAGGACACACACACACUUGGCAAAUGGAGGAAUGCCUCGUAGAAAAUAUGUCAAUGUUUUUGUGCAUGUUCCUCAGCCCAUCACAAAUGUGACGUAACAAUUUGCACUAGACAGUUGCACCUCAAAUAAAAGUGAAAACAAAGAAAAAA